AUGGCCCUUUUGCUUGUACGCCAUCUACACAUCUACUCACUAUUUAAUUUAAAAAACCUCUCUACUGUCACUGUCAGUCUACCACAUAACCAAUUCAAAGUUACAUUUCUUUAAAUUUUAUGUUUUUCAUGUCCAAACAAUACUCUUUCCCACCAAUUUAAGACACUUCCUUGGGUUGCAUUGCAAUGCUUUCUGCCCAAUUCUUCAUCACUACUUCGUAUAUAUAGACAUGGGAAGCAAGAGAAGAAUGGACAGAUAGAACCCAACAGAAAGGCAAUCUCAAGUACUUGUUUGGUUUGUCAACAUUGUUUGUUUGGGAAUUUUAAUGGGGAAGGGAGGGAAGAGAAUGGCUGUGUUGGUGGGGUGCAACUACCCAAACACGCCCCACGAGCUGCACGGCUGCAUAAACGACGUCGUCGCCAUGCGAGCCGUGCUGAUCGGCCGCUUCGGCUUUGAUCGCACCCACGUCGAGCUGCUGACGGACUCACCCGGCUCCCCCGUGAUGCCCACCGGCGCCAACAUCAAGAAAGCGCUGUCUCGAAUGGUGGAGCAGGCUCAGCCCGGCGACGUUCUCUUCUUCCAUUACAGCGGCCACGGCACCCGCGUUCCGUCGCCGUGGCCGGCGCAUCCCUUUAAGCAGGACGAAGCAAUCGUUCCCUGUGAUUUCAAUCUCAUCACCGACGUGGACUUCCGUCAACUGGUGAACCGGCUGCCGGCCGGAGCGACGUUCACUAUCCUCUCCGACUCCUGCCACAGCGGCGGCCUCAUAGACAAGGAGAAGGAGCAGAUCGGCCCUUCUUCCUUCAACCCCAAGGCCACAGCCCCUCCUUAUAAAUACAAGACCAGAGCCAUUCCCUUCCAAUCAGUUCUUGACCACCUCGCUUCCCUGACAUCGAUAAACACCUCCGACAUCGGAACCCACUUGCUGGAGUUCUUCGGCGACGAGGCCAGCCUCAGGUUCCGCAUCCGGCACGACCUCGAUGAUCCUUCACUGCGGCCGCUGAAGGCCGACCGGGGGAUCCUGCUGAGCGGGUGCCAGGCGAACGAGACGUCGGCCGACGUGAGCGCGGCGGAGGGUGGUGGCACGGCGUUCGGAGCGUUCAGCAACGCCGUGCAGAAGGUGUUGAUGCAGAAGAAGGGCCCGGUGAGCAACCGAGAGAUGGUGGAGAUGGCGAGGAAGGUGCUGCGAGAGCAGGGAAUCACGGAGCAGCAUCCUUGCUUGUACUGCAGCGACGAGAACGCCGAUGCUGCCUUCUUGUUGCAGCCAGCUGUAGAGACUUAGUCUCUCUCUCUCUCUCUCUCUCUCUGUGCCAUAUUUGUGAAGCUGUGAGCUCUUCUGGUGUUUGUAUCAAAACAACAAUAAACUGUGCAUUAAUUUGUGAAGACAAAAAAUUAAGUAUAUAUAUGUGAGAAGGAAAAUGCUAUUUGUACGAGAAUACUUUACAGGGACGAUAUUUCCUGAUAUAUUUU